AUGGCGUCAACGGUGCACUACAAGUUCAAGUCCCAGAAGGACUAUGACUCAAUCGAGUUCGACGGCAUGUUCAUCUCGGUGGGAGAUCUGAAGCGCCAGAUCGUGGACAAGCGCGGACUCGGCCGCGAUCAGGCCAUGGAGCUCCAGCUGACGAACGCGCAGACCAACGAGGACUACGAGGAUGACGCCGUGUUGGUGUGGAAAAACACGUCGGUGAUCGCUAAGCGCGUGCCGCGGGACCAGCUCGCGGCGGUGGGGUCCGAGGUUGGGUCCACCACCGUCAAGAAGACGGUGUACGUGCCGCCGCCCCAGAUCCCGACCGGGACGGAAUUCAGGAAGCCACCCCCGCGACGGAACAUGACCUACAUCGCGCCCGGAGCUGCCGGUGCGGAUGGCGCCCCCGCGGACACGAGCGCCGAUCCGUCCAUCGCCGCGCUCGUCAGCGGCGCGGCGUCCGCGUGGGAGACCGAGAAGGCGGCAGCCUCAGCCAUGGGCCGAGGCGCGGGCAGGGGAGGCGGCCGAGGCGCCCCCGGCGGCGGGAGGGGCAUGGGAGGCCGCGGACGCGGCAUGGACACCAGCGGACCGCCCCCGCCCGGGUAUGUCUGCUUCAGGUGCUCCGUACCCGGCCACUGGAUCCACCAGUGCCCGACGAACGGCGAUCAGAACCUCGACGUCGUGCGCAUGAAGACCGCGUACGGCAUCCCCCAGAACCGUCUGGAGCACACGGAGGACGGCGUGCUCGUCGCGCCGACCGGUGA